AAGUCAUAAAUCAGCUUUUUGGUGAACUUUUUUUGCACUUAAUCCAAUAAUCCGAAAUGGAUAUAAAAGCUUCGACACCGCCUGCUCUGGAUGCUGCUGGUGGCAUUGUCCAGCCUGCUAGCCUUGGUUCUCCUGCCCUCAUUGAGCCGUCCAAGCUGGGAGCUGCGACAACUGCAGCGGGAGCAACUGCAACGUCCGCCACGGCGACAACAUUCCAACACAUUUUCGAACAGUUGGUGCAACAAAGCGGCGGCAAUCACAAAUUGGCACCCAAACAAUUGGAGCAUUUGCGCCACUUGCUGGGCAAUGUGAGAGAUGCCAAGAAUUUGCAAUUGAUUGUCGAAAAGUUUAAAAAUCUUGAGCAAUUCCAUGAGCAUUGGAAUGCAUCUGUUGGCCAGCAGCAGCAUCAACAACAACAACACCAUUUGGGGACUACCAUUAACAACAACAACAACAACAAUACUGUGAUUACGGCGGAAGACAGCGAUUCAUCGUCACUCAAGGACAAUGCACGCAAAUUUGGCUCGGGCGGUCAAACAUUGACACCGCGUCACACAAUUGAUGCCAUUCUGGGACUGAAAAAUGGCAAUGGCCAAACGGAAACCGGCAGCGAUGGUGACAUUGGGGAUGAGGAUGCCACCGAUCUGCGUUGCAGCAUGUCGCUAACUCAAUUGCGCAACAUGGACAAUCACAUGGUCAGUUUAUUGCAGCAACAUGUAAAGAAUGGUUCACCCUAUCCUGGUGGCUCGAUGGCCUCUCUAAGUCCACCAGCAACUGGGCCACAUUUGUCGCCUAGCGGACAUCAUGGAGCGGCAGCAGCACCACCAGCCCAACCAAUCCAGGGACCAACUCAUGGACAUGCUCCACAUCCAGGACAUGGUCCUCCGUUCGGUUAUCAUAAUGCAUUCGGUUUUGGCCAGAACCAUGGCUUUGUUCAGCAAGUGCAGGAGGAUGCUGCUGCCGGCAAUUACCUCAACUCGAUGCAUCAAAUGGUCGAGGCCAAUCAAUUGCAGCCGUCUCCGCUGCCACCGCCACCGCCUCCACCGCAUCUUUCGCCAGCUGCUAAUUCAUAUGGGAGUCAUCAGCAACAUUUGGCUGCCUUGGCUGCCCAUGCUCAGGACAAAUAUGCCAAGUCAUCGCCGCCAGCUGGGACGGCUGCAGCGGCAGCAGUUGGUGGAGCCACCGGCAACAGUUAUUUUGUGGAUGCCCAGACGGCGACGGCGCCUGCCUCGGUGGCUGCUGCUGCUGCUGCCGCCUCCGCUUCCUCCUCAUCAUCUGGCAUGCAACCACGCUACGAUGAUGAGCGUUCCAUGUCCUCGGCGACCAGCGACCUAGAUGAACUGGAUGAGGAUGAUGCGGCAAAGAUCAAUAUUGAUGUUACAAGUACUCCACCGACACCACGUCCCCCCCUCAAACGAAAAUCCACCUCCAACUCUCUCUACUGUGAUGAUAAUGAGACAAAAUUGGCCAAUGGCCAGCACAACCAACUGGGUAAUUACGGCAUUCGGGCACGUAGUUUGGAUGAGGUGCAACAUCAGCAACAUCAGCAACAACAACAACAACAGCAACACCAGCAACAGCAACACCAGCAACAUCAACAGCAAAACUUUCAACAUGAUUAUCAUAGGGGAAACAGCAACAACAACAACCACACCAACAACACCGGCAACAACUCGACGGAUCAAAGUGAACGACUCCAUGGUGAUAACGAUAGCUUGGUCAAUGGCAGUUGUGCCUCCAGCGAGGAUCUCAAUCAGACCAAUAAUAGCGAACAGGGCGAGAAAAUUACUUCGGGCAGUGAUGACGAAGGCCAGGACGAUAAUUGCGCCAAGAAGAAGCAUCGACGAAAUCGCACUACCUUUACGACUUAUCAGUUGCAUGAACUGGAACGAGCCUUCGAGAAGUCCCACUAUCCCGACGUCUAUUCACGCGAAGAGUUGGCAAUGAAGGUGAAUUUGCCCGAAGUGCGUGUCCAGGUCUGGUUCCAAAAUCGCCGCGCCAAAUGGCGUCGCCAGGAGAAAUCGGAAAGCCUGCGUCUGGGAUUGACUCACUUUACCCAAUUGCCGCAUCGCUUGGGCUGUGGAGCUUCCGGAUUGCCUGUGGAUCCGUGGCUAUCGCCGCCGUUGCUGAGUGCCCUGCCAGGAUUUCUGUCGCAUCCUCAGACCGUUUAUCCGAGCUAUUUGACGCCGCCUUUAAGCCUGGCACCUGCCCAAUUGACCAUGAGUAGUCUGGCAGCCAUGGGUCAUCAUCAUGGACAUGGACCACCACCGCCGCCGCCGCCGAGUGGGCAUGGAGGACAUCCCCAACCACCUCCGCCGCCACCCCCACCGCCCCAUUCCCAUCCCCAUUCGCAUUCGCAUCAUGCUGUAGUGCCCUUGUCGCAUCUCUCACCGCACUUGUCACGCAUGUCACCGCACGCCACAUCGCUGGGCUCGCCGCAUCAUCAUGCCGGAGUGACCCCCCUGACCAAUGCCACGCCCAAUCCCAGCAAUAGUCUGCCACAGCCCGCAAUAACCACAACAUCCACAACGUCGACUUCGUCCUCAUCCUCGUCCUUGGAGUGCAGCAGCAGCGGCGGUCCAGACGUCUGCAUGUCACCGCAGAAUCUCAGCAUUUGCAAUGCCGACUCCAAUGGCGAGGCACGCGAUUGCAGCGACUUGGACAGCAACAGCAGCACCAACAAUGCCGGAAGCCUGGACAAAUGUGCGGCCAGUGCCAACAUUGAGCUGCUCGAUGUGGGCCGGGAUAGUCCGCCGCCUCCGAGUGCCAGCCAGCCGACGGAUAUGCGUAGCAAUUCCAUAGCCACAUUGCGCAUCAAGGCCAAGGAGCAUCUAGAUAAUCUCAAUAAGGGACUUGUAUCCAUGGUUUAAUUAAGGACCUCACCCCUCACCCCUCAGAUUAAUUAUCACCCUUAACUCCCACCCCCUCCCGAAGAGAACUAUGUUUCACACUGUCUUUCAGUUUAGCGAAUUUAAUGUUGUAAGCUCCCUAAUUUAUAUUGGAUAAUCAAACAGAAUAAAUUAAAAACAAGAAAAUUUAAUGUUAAAAUUAACAAGAACAGAAACUAAACACUAUGUAAGAAGUUUGUUAAAAGAAAAACCACAAC